CCAAACGGAUAUUUAACUGCCACCUGCAACCAACUUUACCAGCUCCAACCUCUCGAUCAGUAUGUGCAAAGGACUGGCAUCGCUUUCUACCGGCUGCUUGGAAAGAGCCAAGGAGUUGAAAGCAAGGCUGGGAAGCAUUUUGCAAAAAUCCACUUGGAAUCUAUCCUGCUGCAAAAUAGGGCAAAACAAGCCAACCCUGGAGGAGUGCCUUAGGUGGAAAGAGUCCUUUGAACAACUCCUGUCCAGCAAAUAUGGACUGUGUGCCUACACAGCCUUCCUGGUGUCUGAGUUCAGCGAGGAGAACAUUUUGUUCUACUUUGCCUGUGAAGAUUACAGGAAUACCAAGUCUACAACCAAAUUACCAGCCAAAGCCCAGAAGAUCUAUGAUGAAUUCAUCGGCAGUGACGCUCCACGAGAGAUUAACAUCGAUCACGAAACUCGUGACAUCACCAGAGCCAACAUGCUGGUGUCUUCCCCUUCUUGCUUUGAACCGGCCCAGCACAAGAUCUACAUGCUCAUGGCCAAAGACUGCUACCCUCGCUUCCUCCGCUCUCCGACCUACAGGGAUCUAGUGUGCCAAGCCACAUCGAGCGCCAGCAAGGCCAACAAGCAGCCCCAGCAGGAAAAAAAGGUGUGAACUCUCUCCAUCGAGGAUUGUUAGUGGUUCGCCUCAAGGUUUGAGAAGGCAAGAAAUGCAUGGCGUUAGCUGCUGCACCACGAAGCUGGACUCUGCGGGUGCAGAUGCACAGAUCGCCACAAGAGCAGCCGUGGAUGGGCGUGUUCUGUAGACGCCGAAGAUUGAAGAGAAAGGGACAAUGGAGGAAAAAAUGGAGGUUGAUGCCUUAAGUGGACUGUUGCGUGAACACAGACAUGGUUUGGACAUCAAGGUCGAGUGAAAGUAAAACAGACAAUCAAAGUGACAAUCAAACAGGAGGGAAGAAGAAAAGCACUUUUUUCUAUGCCAAUUGGCAAAUGCUUGUGGUUGUGAUGUGCAAUGUCUCUCUGUUGAAGUUUUACACUGUUUAUGAACAGACAUGUAAGGUACUUACUUAUUUAUUUGCCUGUAAUAUAUUUUUCAUUUUUUUACCGAACAUGAAAAAAUGUGCAAUUUAAUUUAGAUUAUGAUAUUUAUAUCACUGUUAUCUUUUUUUACG